ACACCUGCUAUAGCUUUGAUUGCUGCCGUUCCACUUGCUUUUGAAGCACAUCCUGUGCCGUCCUCGCAACUGGUCGUGGUCCCGUGACCUCUCCGGCUUCGGCACGUCGUCUUACAAUUAGUCGCAUUGAUCCGGAGCGUGGUGUUCGCCUAGCAAGUUCAGAUGCAUAGAGCUCUCAAGUGUCUUGUCAGGACAUCCUCGAGCAGAUACGCUCCCCUUCUGGGGUCCAAAGGGCCCCCGAUAAACUCCGUGUCGACCGCCUUCUAUUCAGUCACACAGAACAAGAUGGCCAAGAUGGAGGUGGCAAAACGAGUUCAAGGAAUGCAGGACAGUGUGUGGGUGGAGUUCAUUCAGCUUGCUCAGGAAACGAAGCCCAUUAAUCUGGGCCAAGGAUUCCCAGACUUCCCUCCACCAGACUUUGUGGUUAAAGCCCUCCAGGAAGCCGCAUCAGGAAACUUGCUUCAUCAAUACACACGAGGAUAUGGUCAUCUGCGGCUAGUCAAUGCAUUGGCAAAGAUGUACUCUCGGCUAACAGGUCGCCAGAUUGACCCUCUGAAGGAGGUUCUGGUUACAGUAGGUGCUUAUGAGGCUCUCUACACCACUAUACUGGGUCUUGUCAACCCUGGAGAUGAGGUGAUUAUCAUUGAGCCCUUCUUCGACUGUUAUGAGCCAAUGACCCUGAUGGCCGGAGGUGUUCCAGUCUUCAUCCCUCUUCGUCCUAGGAAGCAAGGGCAGAUAUCUAGUGCUGACUGGGUGCUAGAUCCAAAGGAGUUGGCCUCAAAGUUUACCUCCAAGACUAAGAUGAUUAUUGUAAACACGCCACACAACCCUAUUGGGAAGGUUUUCUCCAGGGAAGAACUGGAAAUGAUUGCAGAGCUUUGCAAGAAGCACAAUGUGAUCUGCGUCAUGGAUGAGGUUUACGAAUGGAUCAUUUAUGAAGGUUCCAAGCAUAUCAGAAUGAACACCCUUCCAGGAAUGUGGGAAAGGACGAUUACUAUUGGUAGUGCAGGGAAGACAUUCAGCAUAACUGGUUGGAAGGUUGGUUGGGCCUAUGGUCCUCAACACUUGCUGAAAGGGCUGCAGCUCAUUCAUCAGAACUGCAUCUAUACUCUCAGCACUCUUCUCCAGGAAGCGAUAGCAGUGGGCUUAGAAAAGGAAAUGGAACAAAUAGAAGACCCUGAGGGAUACUGGAACAGUCUCUCAAGCUCCCUGCAAAAGAAGCGUGACUUCAUCUGCAGUUUUCUUAGCUCUGUUGGCAUGACACCUACUGUGCCUGAGGGAGGCUAUUUUUUAGUCUGCGACUUCUCCAAGCUGGCAUCAAAACUGAAGUUGGAAGGCAAUGAGCCAAAGGAUUAUCUUUUUGCAAAGUGGCUGUCUAGAACAAAGAAGCUGCAGGGGAUUCCUCCAAGUGCCUUCUAUGGUGCGAACAAUAAGCACCUUGCUGAAAACUUGAUACGGUUUUGUUUUAUCAAGGAUGAUUCAACUCUUCAGAAGGCUGCGAACAUAUUGUCAGCGUUAUAGGCAGUAUCCCGAGUAGUGCGUCAUUGGAGGAGUAUGCCAUGACUAAUAGCAGAGCGUUUAGUGGAUUUUGUUCCUGUCAUUGACCAUAUUAAAGCAACUUUCAUUAUUUUGGCCCCAGUGAAGUAUAUGUAAUUGAUUCAAAUUAUCUGAAGUUUGAAGUGGAAGUUGACUGUACUAUGGUGUUUUAGACAGUAAAAAUCAUUGAUAUUUUUCUAU